UAGUGAUAUUAAUUUUUUACCGGUUUAAAACGAGUUGGCGCGGUUACUACAAGUAACCAAUAUUAUUAUGUGUUUAUAAUUGUUUAUAAUGUGAUUUAAGUUUAGUUAUUGUUAAGUGACAAUGAAUCAUCCGCACAAGAUACCAGCAUUUUCCAUGUGGAAAAUGUUCAAUGAUACAAUCCCAGUUAUGUUGAAGAUGGAAUCAUCCGAGAGCAGUUUGAAUAUGUUGACUAACAUCUUAGCUAUGCCUGAAUUCUCUAGGAUUUUCUUGUUUAACACCAAUAGUUCUUUAACAUUCCAGCAACACAAAGAAAUGAGUGGCAAGUAUAAAGCCUUUGCAGUUUGGUUAUUGGGUAGAUUCUUUUAUCUGCUUAGCCUGGAAAAACUUUCAAGAAUGCACAAUUUAAUAAUUGAUGCCCAUAAGAAGAUUCUGCACAUAAUAGAAAUCUCACAAAGUUACAUAUACCAUGAACUGACUUUAGAAUAUGCCAAAGUCUUAAAAGACUUAAUUGAUUAUCAAUCGCAUAACUAUGAGGAUACUAAGGUGUUGAAGGCAUUUGAGCCCAAAUACUAUGAAGAUUUGGAUGGUGUGCUUGAUUUAAGUCCAUUGUUUGUUGAAGUUUCAAGUAGAGAAUCAUGUAUUCAUAUGCAAAAGAUUGCAUUGAAGAUCAUUGAUCAAAUUGUUAUGGAGAAACUUGAGUUUCAUUACAUAAAAAAUGAGAUAUAUGAAAUUUUGUAUAAUUUGAUUUACAUAUUGAAAAAUUCCAAUUGUCAGUUGAAAAUAAUGGUGCUUGAAAUAUUUGCAAGGGUAAUGAAUCUAAAGAGUAGUUUUCCAUAUAAAAUUGAAACUAUUUUCAGGGAAACAUUUUCUAUAUUUGAGCAAUUGUGUUAUAAAGUUUUUAACAAUGAGUUUCCUGAUUUCUAUGAGCAGUUUCAAGCUGUUACUAAAAAGAUAUUGAAUGGACAUCGAGAUUUCAAUAAAAGGCAAAUCAGCGAAUUUAUUUUAUCUUCCAAGAAAGUAAAAUUAGAUGAAGAUUUAGUGGAUAUUUGUGUAAAAUAUACUGGAGAGGGAUUUAACGCUAAAUAUUUUAAAUUGUAUGCCAAGACAAUCUUGAGUAACUUAACAAGCUGUGAAAAUAAUAGAAUAGAUCUGAAAGAUGUUAGUGGAACUUGGAGAACUUUAAUGUUGGAGACUGGAGAGUAUUUUGAAGGAAUAAAUAGUUGCGUUUCGAUUCCGUUGAAUGCGAGUUGUGAUAAGAUGAAGCAUUUCUUAGAUGUUUUAAAUUUAGGAACAGAGAUUAAAACUGUAUCUAACAAACAGGUUACAUUUUUCAAUGAAACGCCUUUAGUGCCAAUGCUUCUCAACCAUAUUGUGAAUGAUUCCAUUAAUUGUAAAACAAAGUGCCUUAUAAUGUCCUCUAUGUUAACAAAUAUCGUAUAUUUGACGAAAACUAGGAAUUUGAAUGUUUACUUGCAUUUGAUUGGUUAUAAGUUUAUGAAAUCGAAAGAAUUUCCCACAAAUUAUAUUGGGUGCAACAACUCGUAUGAGAUGAAAAAGAGUAUCACAUAUUUGUAUACUUAUUUAGCGAAUUUGGAUGUACCGAGAAAAACGAGUUUUCAUGAAUUCUGCUACUUUGUUUUUAUCUCAGCAAUAGACGGUUCUUUCAGAGAUAUUGAAGAUUAUUUCAUGGCUGCUGCAACACCGAUAAUCGAACAUCAUGAAUAUGAGCUUCAAUUAAUGUUGAUUCCUUACAUCAGUAAUAUUUUAUCAUCGAGUGUCCGUGUUGACGAUAUGCUUUCGAAAAUAAUUAUACCAAUGUUAAUUUCGCAAGAUUUACAAGUGUUAAGAGAAGUGAGUUACAUUGCUCCUACAUUGGUGAUUAUAUUAAGCUCGAACCACAGCAGAUGUAUUAAAUAUAGCAAAAUGCGAGUAACAGCGGAUUUUUUUGCUAAUGGAGAAUUACAAAGAAAGUUAAAGAACAUCGAGACAAGUUCCUCUAGUAUGGCAAUCGUAAUACAAGCAAUAUUUAACUUGCUUAGUUUUGACGAUGAAAUCAUUAAAAUGAAUGCAAUAAAAACGUUACCAUUGCUUUCAAAGUAUGUACCACUGUUCCAUAAAAUUAAAGUUGUUAAAUGGAUGCAACUGUUGGAAGAUGAACAUAAAUCUGUAAGAGAGGAAUUCGGAGCAUCAAUAUGUGAAAUCGUUAAACAUGCGCAGGCAAGUGAUAGUUUGACUAUGGAAUCAAAAAGUCAAAUGGUUGAUAAUAUUUACGAUAUUCUACUGAAAGCAACAAAGAAGUCGCUCCAAUACAAACCGGACUUACAGUCUACCAUACUGGAAACCAUAAGAAAUCUGAGCCACAUAAAUAAAGAAGAAAUUUUGCUACACACCAUGACGCUGAUGGCGUAUUUCAUAAUGAUGCCAAUAUCGAAUCAUUCCAUCAUCGCGGUGAAUGUAAUUACAGAUCUGCCUACCAUUCAUAACACCACCAUGUCUAAAUUAUAUUCUAGAUUUCGUCGUGAGUUGUGCAAGAUCAUAGUGAAUCUUUGCGUUAUAAACCAAGCAUUAGUCAAUUACAAUUUGGCUACGUCUUUGGAGAAAAUCUCUUUCGUGUUUGGUUUCUUCGGACCUAAAAACUACAUCGUAGAGGAGUCACGAUAUUUGCUGCCAUUAUUUGUACCGUUGAUUGUCAAAAUCGAUGCAGUGAAGAAAUUGAUCGAUGAAAUGGCGUACAUGAAUGAAAUCGAUUUAUCAGAACUAUUGACUUCCAAGUACGGAUAUAUAUUUUUGCAAAUCUUCUUGAACUGUCCUCCUGAUGUGAGCAAGAUGAGCAUGAAAUACAUUGAAAUCAAUACCGGCCUAGAUGGAUCCACUUUGAGGAAGCAAAAUGUUAUGGUUAUUUUAAACGAGUUAUUGUUGAAUUUCCACGAUAACCGGAGCAGAGUUAUAUCUGCUUUGGAAAAUUUAGCUAAAGAUUUCGAUAGUGAAAACUCGAUUUCUGAUUUCCUGCAACCGAGGUUUCUCGGAGUCUUGCAAUAUUUCGACUUGAAGUUGAUGGGGCAGUCUGUAACCAAGAGGAAAGUAUUACUGAGUUUAGCACAGAUUUUUGAUUUUAUGGGAUCCAAAAUUAUUUCGCCGCUGAGGUUCAAGAUCAUAGCCAUGCUGAAAACUGCUCUGAACGUUACGAAGUCUUCUUUCCCUGAGUUGAACUGCGAUGUGUGGAACGCGUUCAUCAAGAGUUGCGAUAUCGAAGUGUUGGGACCUCAUCUAGCGACCAUAGCUGUGUCAAUCUUGCCGGUAAUAGAGAUCAAUCCAAAGAAAGUCAACGAUAUAUUAAUAUAUUUGGUGAGAGACAAUGAAGAAGCUUUAAAAGAUUUUAUUGCUGAUUUAUUCUUCGUGUUGGAUUGCGAGAAAGUCGAUUAUGCGGUAAUUGAAAUUGUUAAAAGGUACAUGCAAGAGGUUACUUCGAGUGAUUUUAAAGAACAUUUGAAGCACUUUUUGAAAUAUUUGUCGUAUGAGACAAACGAAGUGAGGAUUUACGGUAUCAAAUAUAUAACGGUUCUAUUGAAGCAGAACCGCGAGGAAUUGGAUCGGAUGAUCUUAGGAUAUAACGGAAUAGAUGAUUGUGUAGUCGAGUUGUUGGAUAUCCUUACGUUAGGUUGCAGAGAAGAAGAUGUCACCUUGAAAUUGGCAUGCGGAGAAUGUAUUGGUGAAUUGGGAGCCAUCGAACCGAGCCAUUUGCCUAGGAAAUAUACGCCACAAGACACUUCCUUCAGCUUCUUCAUAACCGAUCCUAAUUUCAUAGUGAAUACUUUAAACGAACUAACGAAAACAUUUCAAUCGGAGAAAAACACCCAGCAGAUGGAUAGAUUUGCUUUGGCUAUACAGGAGAUACUAAAAUUUUAUAGUAUUUCGCCAGAUAGAAAUAGUCAAAAUAAUGAGCUGUGGAAGCAAUUUUCCGAUUCUCAACAAGAAUUGAUGAUCCCACUUUUAUCAUCAAAAUAUACCAUGGUACAGGCCAUUGGUGAUAUAAAGGUUUCUCCAAUAUAUGGUUCCAAUUUUGGAUCAAAUUUUCAAACAUGGUUGUACAGCUGGAGCAUAUCUUUGAUAUAUUCCAUUCGAUCCAAUAAGAAAACUAUGUUUGAAGCUUGCGCUCCCAGCAUGAAGCAGGAUCAGAAAACCUUGAUGUACUUCUUGCCUUACAUAUUGUUGCACGCAUUGAUCGAAGGCUCCAACAAUGAUCAAGAAAGGGCUUACAAAGAAUUCAUGGCAGUUAUUCAAUCCAGAAAUAAUGCUAAGAUCAGUGAUAAUCUAUUGCACGUUAGACCUCUUCGAACUGAAAAUUUCAUAUCGUUUGAACAUACGAGCGGGGAAACAAUUAAAUCGGAACAAUACACGAAAGUGGUGUUCGUUCUACUGGAUUUCCUGGAUAGAUGGUUACGGAAAUGGCUGUGGAACGCCGGAUUCCAAGGACGGAAUAAUGAAAAUUAUAAAAAGAUUAAAGCGUUCCUUUCGAACUUCUGCAAAUUGCAAUUGGCACAAUGCAACUACGACUGUGCCGAAUAUCCAAGAGCUUUGAUGUAUUUGGAAGAUUACAUGGCUGAGAACGGAAUUAAUGACAACUUAUCAUUUUUAGCUGAAAUUUAUUAUUGCUUGCAUGAACCUGACGGUGUUGCUGGCGUGACUGCUCUACGGCAAAGAGAACCGUUUUUGGAGGAACGCAUCUUAGCGUUGGAAGUCUCUGGGAAACUGUCGGAUGCUGCAGCUUGCUACGAACGGAUAAAUCCUCCUCUAAAAUUGAAGCACGUCAAGGGAUUGGUGAAGUGUUAUUUAGAUUUGGACAACGUAAAUACAGCUUUGAACUUCUGCAAAGGUGAAUUGGAGAAACAACCUGAGUACCAGAAAUGGUUGAUUGAUGUGCAGGCGGAAUCGUUUUGGAGACUGGGUCGUUACGAUGACUUGGAUAAGUUUUUGGCUAAAAACGACUUCAUGUCGAACUCAUCUUGGGGAUCUCAAAUGGGCCAUGCUCUAAUCCAUCUUAAAAAUGGUUCUCGUGAAGAAUUUAAAAGCAAACUUGGUGAAUUGCGAAUGGCUCAAGUGGAUUGCUUAAGUGCUGCUAGUCUCGAGGAGGGAGCCUACCAACAAGGAUAUUUUUAUAUAUCACGUUUACACGCUUUGAACGAAGUAGAACAGAUCGAACAUAUGUUGAAUGAGAUUCUUCUAAGACCAAGCGAAUGUCAGAAUCUGGUAAAAAAGCUUAAAUCUGAAUGGGAACUUCGAUUGAAAGUGGUUCAAGAAACGGUCAAAGUGAUUGAGCCAGUUCUGUGUUUACGAAGGGUUUCUGUUGAGCAAGCGAAGAGCGUAUUGGAAGAGAAGUGCCCAGCGGUCUCGCAAAUGUUGGAUACCGUUUUAGGCGAUUCAUGGUUGAAAAGCGCAGAGAUUGCUAGAAGAGCUGGGAUUCACCAACAAGCUUAUACCUACUUAUUGAAGGCCGAGACGUACUCGCCUACAAAAUUGUUCAUUGAGAAAGCAAAGUUGCAUUGGAUGCGUGAAGAACACGAACAGGCAUUCACUGCAUUGAAAAGAGGUUUAGACAAGUACUUCCCUGACUUUAAUCCUUCGAAUGGCAAACGGAGUCAAUUAACAGUCAACUUUCCGAAAGAUAAUAAGAAAAUUUGCGCUGAAGCUCAACUUCUCAUAGCCUCUUACAACGAUUCAAUUUCCAACGUAGAUAUGGAUACAAAUCUUCAAAAUUACAAAGAAGCUGUGGAUAUGCUCAAGGAAUGGGAGAAAAGUUUGGUUUCAAUGGCGCAAUACUUCGACCGAAUAUUCCAAAGUUAUACGGACGAAGAAAAAGAUACCAAAGGAAAUGAUAUACAAUUGCAUAUGAUUAAUUUUUUCGGUAAAUCAUUGCUAUAUGGAAAUUCGUACGUUUAUCAAUCUAUGCCUAGAAUGCUCAGCAUAUGGUUUGAUUACGGAACGAGGCUUCUUGACGUAACAUCAACUACGAUUAGAGACGAAAGGAGAAUAAAUCUAUUGAAGAUGACGAAAUUAGUAGACAAUUCAUUGGAAAUUUUACCUCUAUACAUUUUCUUUACGGCAUUUUCGCAACUCGUUUCAAGGAUUUGCCAUCCGCAGAAGGAGGUGCAUAAAGAGCUGAAGCUGAUAAUCAUAAAAUUGAUACUGCAAUUCCCGCAGCAGAGUCUCUGGAUGAUAAUAUCCGUAAUCAAAUCGAGCUAUUCGCUGAGAUCCAAGCGCUGCAACGAAAUCCUGAGCGAUUCUCGUCUGAAGACUCCGGAAAUGGUGAGAUUCAUUACUGACUUUGUCAAAUUAGCAGAGAAACUCAUCGAAUUAUGUAAUAAAGAAAUAAUAGAAAAUGUGAAAACGACUAGCGUAAGUCUACUGAUGAAAUCAUUACCAAGAUUGAUUACGAAAGAGGGAUUUAGUCAGAUAAUGAUACCAACGCAUUUAUGCCGGAAAUUGGUGCUUCCUAAUCCAGAUUUCUCAAGCGACCAGCACAAUCCGUUUCCAAAUCGCUUCGUGCAUAUCAUUGGGAUCGAAGAUGAAAUAACAAUUUUGCAGAGUUUGCAGAAACCACGUAAAAUAACUUUCAGAGGUUCUGAUGGGAAAUCCUAUAUACAGAUGCUGAAACCGAAAGAUGAUCUUCGCAAGGAUUUCCGUUUAAUGGAAUUCAACGACAUCGUUAACCAAAUGUUAUCCAGAGAGGUUGAAUCAAGGCAAAGGAGAUUGCUGAUUCGUUUAUAUUCCGUAGCUCCGUUAAACGAGGAAUGCGGAUUAAUCGAAUGGAUUCCAAAUUUGGUCUGCUUUAGACAUGCCCUUUUAGCGCUUUACGAACAAAGAGGAUUUGGUAUGAAAAAUAAGGAAUUGAAGGAGAUUUGCCCUAAAUUGAAUGAUCCCUUGAGUAAGAAGAAAGAUAUAUUUUUGAAAAAAUUAAUACCAAAGUAUCCGCUUAUAUUGGGAGAGUGGUUCAGAAAAACAUUUCCAGAUGCUCAGGGCUGGUUGUCUGCUAGAACUGCAUACAUUCGUACUACUGCUGUGAUUUCUAUGGUCGGGUAUAUUUUGGGACUUGGCGAUAGGCACGGCGAUAACAUCCUGUUGGAUUCGACUUGCGGAGAUACGGUUCACGUGGAUUUUAAUUGUUUGUUCAAUAAAGGAGAGACGUUCGAGUGGCCGGAACGUGUGCCUUUCAGACUUACCCGAAAUAUGGUUUCUGCAAUGGGACCGUUGGGUGUUGAAGGCGUUUAUAGGAAGUCCUGCGCUGCUACUUUAAGAGUACUCAGAACUCAUGUUGAUACGUUAAUGUCCAUUGUCACUCCAUUUGUAUAUGAUCCUUUGGUUUCUUGGCCAAGAAACGCUCCAGCAGCCGCAAGCGCUCAAAACGCAGAACGAAUAAAUGAAUUGGCUUGCGAGCACAUACGUGAGAUUAAAAGAAGGUUGUUAGGUCAAGUACGAACAAAAGGCAGGUCGUUUUCCAUACCUUUAUCCGUCGAAGGACAAACUAAUAAUCUGAUUUUGGAAGCCAUGAAUAUCGAGAACUUGUGCCAAAUGUAUAUAGGCUGGGGCGCCUAUAUGUAAUAUCAAAAUGUA